AUGGCCGGCGACACGCAGCCAUCAACGGCUGCGCCUGCGGCCGACAAGGCCGACAAGGCCGACAAGGUCGAACCAACCACGGCUGAGGCCGCAUCCGCAUCCGCACCCGCGUCCGAGCCGGCGCCUGCGCAAGUCGUGGAAGCCGCCCCGGAGGUGGACGACCUUGCCGCUGCCGACGGUGAUGGAGACGCCGACGCCGAGGCCGACGCCGACGAAGAGCGCGCCGCGGACCACGUCCCCAUGGCCAGCCGCCUGUCCCUCAUAUCGUGGGGCGACGGCAGCGCGCCGUCCGUGCCCGCCAUUGACGACAGCAGCAGCGACGGUGUCGGCGGCAGCGGCACAGGCGACGGCGGCAGCGUCGGCGGCGGCGACCGAGACGACGUCGACAGCUUGUACGACAGCGAGCGCGCGUCGAGCAUCUUGAAGUCGACGACGACGUCGCUGCGCUCCAGCAUGUACGACUAUGUCGAGGAGAACGGGCGGACGUACCACCGGUACAAGGAGGGCAAGUAUCCGCUGCCCAACGACAUCCAGGAGCAGGCGCGGCUGGACCUGCAGCACGCCAUUUUCUUGUUGAUGGCCCACGGCAAGUCGUACCUGUCGCCCAUUGACAAGCCGAAGCGGGUGCUGGACGUGGCCACGGGCACAGGCAUCUGGGCGAUUGAGUUUGCCAUCGAAUUCCCCGAAUCGCAGGUUAUCGGCACGGACUUGAGUCCCAUCCAGCCCGAAUUCAUCCCGCCCAACUGUACCUUUGAGGUCGACGAUGCCGAGGACGAGUGGUCGUUUGACCAGCCGUUCGACUACAUCCACGGCCGCGCCCUCAUCAGCUGCUUCCGCAACCCGGCCACCGUCAUCAACUCGGUGUAUGCCAACCUUGUGCCGGGCGGCAUCCUCGAGCUGCAGGACGGCAACUUCCCGCUCAAGUUUGCCAGCCCGCCGCCGCCCAACUGCGCGCUGAAACGGUGGAUCGACCUCAUUACCGAGGGCGCCGAGCUGUCCGGCCGGCCCUGGACCAACGUGAAGCACUACCCGCGCUUCAUGAAGGAGGCCGGGUUCGAGAACGUGGUGGAGCGCAAGUUUUACUGGCCCGUGAGCCCGUGGCCCAAGGGAUCGUACUACAAGACGCUGGGCGCGUAUGUGCAGCAGGACCUGCUCAACGGCAUGGAGGGCCUGUCGCUCAAGCUGCUCGGUCUGCUGGGGUGGUCGCUCGAGGACAUCAGGGCGUUUGUGGCCGAGGUGCGGCGGGACCUGCUCGACACGUCGAUCCACGCGUACAUUGAGGUCAGCAUGACCUGGGGCAACAAGCCCAAGACUGCGUCUGCCACGGCGGAGGCCACGACGGAGGCUACGACGGAAGCCACGACGGAAGCCACGACAGCGGAGACAGCGCCGACAGAGGCUGCGCCCACGGAGACCAAGACCACGGAGCCCACGACGGAAGCAGCAGAAACGGCGACGGCGGGCGUCCCGGAUGCACCGGAGACGGCCUAA